UCUCAGCCAAAAGGUUUUCACGCUAUCUCUCUGCUCUCUCUCUCUCUCUCUCUCUCUCUCUCGGUCUCUAUGUUUAUUAGAUUUCAAGCCAUAAAGCAAAACCUUUGAAUACCUGGAGGUAUUUUCGAAUUGAUGGAGAGCCACCCACCUACAAAGGCAUGUAAUUGAUCCCUUGAUUCUUUUUAUUGUUUGUGACUUUGUGGAGCCUUAAUCUUUAUGGGUUUUGUGUUGCUGUGCUCGUGGAGCAGUGUUUGGGAACUAGGGAUUUGCUGAUUUUUUCUUAAAAAUUGGGGCAAUUAUGUUUUGUUUAUGGCAUUUGUUUGUAGAAAUUGGGAUUACUGCGGGCUCCUUUCUUCCACACCCAUACAUUCUAAAGGAAGGGAGGUGGCUUCAUCGAGGAAAAAAGAAAAAGAAGAGAGGUGGAAUGCAGACUUUGUUUGGCAUUAUUGGAUUGCAAGUGGCGUCCAGACUUUGUUUAAUCAAAGUUGGAUUGCUUUGUUUAGUCAAAUUUGGAUUGCUUGCUUUGUUUUAUCAAAGUUGGAUUUGGAAUUUGCUACUUUCACAUGGAUAAAGGUUUUAUUAUUAUUUUUUUUAAUAAAAAUGGUUGCCUAAUAAAAUUGAGAUUGGAGUUUUGAGGUUUUUGGGUGUCUUUGAGUUAAGAAGGUUUGGGAUUUUGGCUGUGUGUGAGUUAAUUGCUUUAGGGUACUACUAUGCAGCAAGGCGAUGCAAAUGAAAAAGAUUAUCAAAAUGUUCAGCAAGAUGGCAAUGCAAAUGAUGAACAUAGAAUGCAGAAUGCUCAGCAAUGUGGCAUUUCAAAUGGACAUAGUUCUGAAAAUGUUCGUGAUGAGGUUAACGUAGGCACUUGCGCACCACAAUAAGGAAUUAAGUUUAGUCCAACAAAAUGUGGUAAAUAAGUCCAAGAAGAUAUUUGAUUCCUUGUCUCCAUAUCACGUACUACAAGAAUGGUAGAAUAUAAUUAACUUGAAGAAUCUGUUCAACUGUUGGUAUUAUAAAGGGAGAGUGGCCUUCAGUUAUCCCAAAUCUCAAAGUGAAUAGAAGUUCCUCCCAGCUAAUUAUCGAUGGCAGAAUCAACCAAAAGGUAUGCAGUUGUGACAGGAUCAAACAAAGGAAUCGGAUUCGAAACUGUAAGGCAGUUAGCCUCAAAGGGAAUCACUGUGGUCUUAACUGCUAGAGAUGAGAAGAGGGGCCUUGAAGCUGUUGAGAAACUUAUGGAUUCUGGCCUCUCAGGCCAAGUUGUUUUUCACCAACUUGAUGUGGCUGACCCUGCUAGUAUUACUUCUCUGGCACAAUUUAUCAAAACUCAGUUUGGAAAACUCGAUAUUUUGGUUAACAAUGCAGGGAUUUUAGGGGCUAUAGUUGAUGCUGAUGGUCUUAAAGAUGCAAUUGCAUCUGGUGCUGGACCAGGACAGAUUGAUUGGAAAAAGUUGUUGACUGAAACUUACGAGUUAACAGAAGAAUGCUUGCAAAUAAAUUAUUAUGGAGCUAAAAGAACAGCUGAAGCACUAAUUCCACUCCUCCAGCUAUCUGAUUCACCAAGGAUUGUUAAUGUUUCAUCCGGUUCGGGGAAGUUAAAGAACAUACCAAGUGAUCGAGUGAAAGGAGUUCUUAGUACUGAUGUCGAGAACCUAAGCGAAGAGAGUGUAGAUGAAAUAGUGACAGAGUUUUUAAUCGAUCUCAAGGAGAGUUUACUUGAAAGCAAGGGUUGGCCUUCUGUGAUGUCAGGCUAUACAGUCUCAAAAGCAGCAAUGAAUGCAUAUACAAGGAUUCUAGCCAAGAAGUACCCCGCUUUUCGUGUCAACUCUGUCUGCCCUGGCUUUGUCAAAACAGAUAUUAACUUAAAUAGCGGCUUCAUACCUGUUGAAGAAGGUGCUGCAAGUGUCGUGAAUUUAGCAUUGCUGCCUAAUGAUGGCCACACAGGCCAAUUCUUUUCUCUGUCUGAAGUGCAAAGUCUUUAGACGAAGAUUGAUUUAUACCAAUAUACGUCAUUAUGUCAGUUGUAAUUGAAUAAAUUUUGAACCGCUGUUUCUGAAUAAAAUUCAGUGAAUCUGUUAUGUAGUGCG